AUGAAUGAAGCCAGUUCAUCUAACAUUGAUGGUGUUUUGAAAAGGAAAAUACAUGACUAUGAAGGACAUUUAUAUAAUGGUUUUGUGUCAGGCAAGAUGUUGAAAAUCGACCAAAGUCCUGUUGAGCUAUCAAGUAUUUUAUCCAUAUCUAAAUUAAACAAUUCAUCACAGUCAUCACAAUCCGUUAAUAGCGAGCAUCAAUGUUUAACUAAUUUACAAAGAAACUCCAGAGUCCUAGCUGACUCUGAUCUAUUUCAAAAUAACUCUGAAAAUAAUGAUUCCUUCCAACAACUAUGUGUUGGUGAUAAUGGAAGUGUAGAACGACGGUCACUAUCUGAGUUACAAGUUCUGUCUCCAGACUCUCAUUCAGUUUACUCAAAUGAUAGAGCGAUUAUGGAAACGAUAAUGAAACACAUUACUAGAAUAUAUUUUGAAGUUAAAAAGUUACCUCGUAAUUCGGGUAAAGGUAUAAUGAGCACAGAACAGAAUAUUAUGGUCUUUCGGCCAACCUGGGCCGAAUUUCAAAAUUUUAAUAAAUUUGUAAAAUACAUGGAAUCCCAAGGUGCGCAUAAAGCAGGCAUUGCAAAAGUUGUUCCACCGCGAGAAUGGAUUCCUAGGAGAAAUUCAUAUUUAAGUGACGAUAUCAUGAAUAUGAAUAUUCCAGCUCCACAGUACCAAAAUGUCACAGGUAGACUGGGAGCUUACCAACAACUUAACAUAAUCAAACCAAAUAAUUCCAUGACAGUGGAGGUAUUUAAAAAACUGGCCGAGUCCCGAAAAUAUAAGACACCUAGUUUUGUUGAUUAUGCUGACCUCGAAAGAAAAUAUUGGAAAACCAUUAUGUACAAUGGAUGUCCAUUGUAUGGUGCAGAUGUAUCGGGAUCCAUUACAGAUAAGGAUGUAAAUGUAUGGAAUAUCAACAAACUAGGUACAAUUUUGGACUUUGUUGACCGGGAUUAUGGAUUAAGAAUUGAGGGGGUUAAUACGGCUUAUCUUUAUUUUGGCAUGUGGAAAACAUCAUUUCCUUGGCAUACUGAAGACAUGGAUCUAUACAGUAUAAACUAUAUUCAUUACGGAAGUCCAAAGUCAUGGUACGCAAUACCACCAGCACAGGGACGGCGUUUUGAAAGACUAGCUAGUUCAUAUUUUCCAGAUGAUUCUUCAACAUGUUCAUCAUUUCUGAGACAUAAAAUGUAUUUGAUAUCGCCUACAAUAUUAAAAACACAUGGCAUUCAAUUCAAUAAAAUAACACAGGAGCCAGGAGAAUUUAUUAUAACUUUUCCGUAUGGAUACCAUGCCGGUUAUAAUAACGGAUUCAACAUUGCGGAGUCCACAAACUUUGCCUCACCCCGCUGGAUAGAGUACGGGAAACGGUCGAAGCUCUGCAGUUGUCGAAAUGACAACAUUAAAAUCGAUAUGACAACCUUUGUGAAACGCUUCCAGCCUGAAAGGUUUGAUUUGUGGAGUAAAGGGAAUGAUGUUGGUUACCAUCCAGAAGAUCCUACCCGAGCGUUUGCAGCACCUUUGUAA